CGCAUGAAAGCCACCAAAUGUCCCACAGACGAGUUAUCGUUGACCAACAAGGCCAUUGUCAAUGUUAAUGAUUUUCCGGAAGAUGUUAAGUAUGCAGAUAUUUCACCCGGACCGGGUCAACAUUAUAUUUUUGCUUUGGAACGUACGGCUGAAGUGCCACGCGGCCAUAUCGGUUUCUCAUUGGUUCAGCGCAAAUGGGCCACAUUAUCUAUUAAUCAAGAUAUUGAAGUUCGUCCAUAUCGUUUUGAUGCCCAUUCAGAUGUCAUUACCUUGGUCUCAUUUGAGACAGAUUUCUUGCAAAAGAAAACAACUUCCCAAGAACCCUAUGAUUCCGACUUAAUGGCCAAGGAUUUUCUAAUGCAAUUUGGUGGCAUGGCCUUGACAGUUGGCCAAACUCUUGUCUUCAGUUUCCAGGAUAAAAAACUUCUGGGCUUGGCUGUUAAAACACUUGAAGCAAUCGAUCCAAAAGCCUUGGGCGAAGGCAAAGAGACAACAACACGUUCGGUACGUUUUGGCCGUAUCACGGGCAAUACAAUUGUACAAUUUGAGAAAGCUGAAAAUUCAGCUUUGAAUUUACAAGGAAAAUCUAAGGGUAAAAUUGUACGGCAAUCGAUUAUUAAUCCUGAUUGGGAUUUCGGUAAAAUGGGAAUUGGUGGUUUGGAUAAAGAAUUCAAUGCCAUUUUCCGUCGUGCUUUUGCAUCACGUGUCAUACCUCCCGAAAUUAUUGAACAAUUGGGUUGCAAGCACGUUAAGGGUAUUUUGUUGUACGGUCCUCCCGGUACUGGUAAAACACUUAUGGCUCGGCAAAUUGGUAAAAUGUUAAAUGCCCGUGAACCGAAAAUUGUCAAUGGUCCACAGAUUUUGGAUAAAUAUGUUGGUGAAUCUGAGGCCAAUAUUCGUCGUUUGUUUGCCGAAGCUGAGGAGGAGGAGAAGAGGUUGGGUCCCAACAGUGGUCUACAUAUAAUUAUUUUCGAUGAAAUCGAUGCCAUUUGCAAACAAAGAGGUUCCGUGGCCGGCAACAGUGGUGUUCACGAUACCGUUGUCAAUCAAUUGUUGGCCAAAAUCGAUGGUGUGGAGCAAUUGAACAACAUUCUUGUCAUCGGUAUGACCAAUCGUCGUGAUAUGAUUGACGAAGCUUUGCUGCGUCCCGGCCGUUUAGAAGUUCAAAUGGAAAUUAGUUUACCCAACGAACAGGGCCGUUGUCAGAUUUUGAAUAUUCACACCAAACGUAUGCGUGAUUUUAAUAAAAUUGCACCCGAUGUAGAUUGCAAAGAAUUGGCCGCAGCCACGAAGAAUUUCAGUGGUGCCGAAUUGGAAGGUUUGGUGCGUGCCGCUCAAUCGACAGCAAUGAAUCGUCUCAUUAAGGCCGAUGCCAAGGUGACAGUCGACCCCGAGGCUAUGGAAAAACUAAAAGUUACACGUGCCGAUUUCUUCCAUGCCCUGGAAAAUGAUAUUAAGCCGGCAUUCGGUACGGCCCAGGAGGUGUUGGAAACAAUGUUGGUACGCGGCAUUAUCAACUGGGGUCAACCGGUGUCACACAUUCUCGAAGAUGGUAUGUUGUAUGUUCAACAGGCCCGUGCUACUGAAAGCUCCGGUUUGGUAUCCGUACUCAUUGAGGGCCCUCCAAAUGCUGGUAAAACUGCUUUGGCAGCUAAACUGGCACAAAUGUCCGAUUUUCCAUUUGUUAAGGUGUGUUCACCAGAGGAUAUGGUGGGCUAUACCGAAUCUGCCAAAUGUUUGCACAUUCGAAAGAUUUUCGAUGAUGCCUAUCGUAGCAUGUUAAGUUGCAUUGUUGUCGAUAAUGUUGAACGUUUAUUGGACUAUGGUCCCAUUGGACCACGUUAUUCCAAUUUGACAUUACAAGCCCUCUUAGUAUUACUUAAGAAACAACCACCAAAAGGACGUAAACUUUUGAUUUUGGUUACCUCCAGCAGGCGUGAAGUAUUGGAAGAAAUGGAAAUGUUGACCGCAUUUACAUCUGUUCUACAUGUACCUAAUUUAUCACUUCCCGAACAAGUUAUUGCCGUACUAGAGGAUUGUGAUCUAUUUAGCAAGGGUGAACUCCAGGCUAUUGGCAAGAAAAUGAGUGGCAAACGCGUUUUCAUUGGCAUUAAAAAAUUAUUGGCCCUCAUUGAUAUGAUAAGGCAAACCGAACCACAGCAUAGAGCCAUAAAAUUCCUCUCGAAAAUGGAAGAAGAAGGUGGUUUGGAAAUGGCGAGACACUAACUACAACGUACAAGUUUUAAUAUGUCCGUGGUGGAGCUCAACGAUGUUUUCUAAGAUAAAGAGAAAAACAACAACAAGAACAAAA